UGAGCUAGGGUUCCGUCGUACCGUCAUCCCAUCGAUUCAAGCAACAUGGAAUCAACUUCCCGUGUAGCCCAGCUUCUCGACAGCACUCUCAGCCCAGAUGGUGAAGUUCGCCGUUCUGCCACCGAGGCCCUCGACUGCCUCUCUUUGAACCCCGAUUUUUCCUUUGCUCUAAUCUCCAUCGCCGUCGGAGGGGAGAAUCAUGGUCAAAGUAUUGCUGCGGCAACAUAUCUAAAGAACUUGACAAGACGGAACACGAUUGAUGGUGGGGCAGCUUCAAGAGCCAGCAAGGAGUUUAGAGAUGUGCUUGUACGUGCUUUGCUUCAAGCAGAACCUGCGAUCUUGAAAGUGUUGAUUGAAGCGUUCCGUCCUAUUGUUGAUGCUGAAUUUGUGAAGCAUAAUAUGUGGCAUGAACUGGUACCUGAGCUGAGAUCAGUUAUUCAAGAUAGUGACCUGGUUAAUAAAAGUGGGAAUUCUAGAUGGAAGGCCAUCAAUGGCCUUACAGUUCUCCAGUCAGUGAUCAGACCAUUCCAGUACUUUUUGAAUCCGAAAGUGGCAAAGGAGCCAGUUCCAUCACAGCUGGAGCUAAUUGCACAAGAAAUUCUAGUACCUUUAAUUACUGUAUUUCAUCAACGUGUUGAGGAUCUGUGUAUUCAAAAUAUAGUUGAAAUGGACGCUGAGAAGAGCCUUCUGAUUAUGAGCAAGUGCAUCUAUUAUGCUGUGAGAUCACAUAUGCCAUCUGCUUUGGUCUCUCUGCUUCCUUCUCUAUGUCGUGAUUUAAUUCGCAUCCUUCACUCGCUAAGAUUUCAAGAUUAUGGUUCUUUUGAAGAUGGAUACAUGCUGAGGUUGAAGACUGGGAAGAGAAGUUUGCUCAUUUUCUGUGCCCUUAUCACCCGACAUAGGAAGUUCUCGGAUAAACUCAUGCCGGACAUCAUAAAUUCAGUUGUCAAAUUAGUCAACCUUAAAACAGACUUCAGUAAGUUGGAUACUCUGGCAGAGAGGAUUGUGUCAUUAGCUUUUGAUGUCAUAUCUCGACUUCUAGAAACGGGCCCAGGAUGGAGACUUGUUUCGCCACACUUUUCAUCUUUACUAGAAUCUGCAAUUUUUCCAGCAAUAGUAAUGAAUGAAAAGGAUAUUACAGAGUGGGAAGAAGAUUCAGAUGAGUACAUAAGAAAGAAUCUUCCUUCUGAAUUGGAAGAAAUUUCAGGAUGGAGAGAGGACUUGUUCACUCCAAGAAAAAGUGCAUUAAACUUACUUGGUGUUAUUUCAAUAUCAAAGGGCCCACCUGUUGUGGCCUCAGUGACAUCCAAGCGUAAAAAAGGUGAAAAGAACAAACAAAAAGGUCGCAGUUCUAUGGGGGAGUUGUUGGUGCUCCCUUUUUUGUCUAAGUUCCCUAUUCCAUCUGAUGUAAAUACACCAGUAACGAAGACUACAAAUGAUUAUUAUGGCGUUUUGAUGGCAUAUGGCAGCCUUCUAGAUUUUCUGAGGGAGCAGAAACCAGCAUAUACAACUUUGCUCAUUCGAUCUGGGGUGCUACCGUUGUACAAUGCAUCUUGUCAUCCUUAUUUGGUUGCUUCUGCUAACUGGAUACUUGGAGAGCUUGUUUCCUGUAUUCCUGAAGAUAUGAGUUCUGAAAUCUAUUCCUCGUUGUUAAAAGCCCUGGCAAUGCAAGACAUGGAGGAUCUUUCAUGCUACCCUGUAAGGGUAUCUGCUGCUGGUGCAAUUGCUCAACUUGUAGAGAAUGACUUCUUUCCACCUGAGUGGUUACCAAUUCUUCAAGUUGUAGUUGGUAGAAUAAGAGACAAUGGUGAGGAGACCUCCAUUAUGUUUGAACUUCUUAAAACUUUGGUGGAGGCUGGAGGUGACAUUGUUGCUUCACAUAUCCCACAUAUUAUUUCACUGCUGGCUGAAGAUAUUUUGAAGCAUAUUCCUCCUAGUCCGGAGCCAUGGCCCCAAGUGGUUGAGCGAGGUUUUGCAGCAUUAUCAGUAAUGGCUCAGUGCUGGGAAGAAUCUUUGCCUGAGGAAGUGGUGAAUGAUUUGACAAAUGAUGUUGUGGUUUCUGGUCGAGCCACCAUUGCCAAAGCUUUUAUAGAUCUCUUGCAAGAGGCUUGGCUGAGACCUGCUGAAGUGGAAGGCCAAGUGGUAGAAUUGCCCCCUUCAUGCUGUAUAGACGAUUCAUCAACAUUACUCACAUUCAUCAUGUCUGAUGUUAAUGGAAGUGACAUGCUUCAGAAGCAAAAAGUCUCUGAGGUGUUGCUAGUUUGGGCUGAUCUGAUUUCAAACUGUCAUUCUUGGGAGGAAGAGGAGGAUUCACCAAUCUUCAAUUGCAUCAAAGAAGCUGCAUGUCUGCACAAGAGAGUUUCUUUGAUGAACUUUAUUGUCGGAUCAAUUCCCUCGCCUCAUUCCCUACCCGUACGUCAACAUUCUAUCAUUGAAGGAAUUUGUGGCUUUGUCAGCGAUGCCUUCUUACAAUAUCCAUCUGCGAUUUAUAGAGCCUCCUCUUCUGUUCAUAUACUUGUGCAUCUUUCGACUUAUUCAACUGAAGAACAACAUAUAAUGCAUGCAAUGACCACAACAUUCUGCCAGUCUGCAUUUUCUUGUUUCAGACAAAAGCAAUCAAAACCUUCUCCUCUUUGGAAACCAUUGUUGCUUGCCAUAUCUUCAUGCUAUAUAUGCUAUCCCGAUAUUGUUGAGAAUGCUUUGGAGAAGGAUCAACAUGAAGGUUUCAGAGUCUGGGCCUUGGCUCUUUUCUCCAUCUCUUCAAGCAAGUUUGAACAUGGACCAUCAACGGAGUCUGAAAUUAAGUUGACUGUAAUGACAUUAGUGAAGUUGAUGACCCGGCUGCUAAUGGGGAAUCAGAGUAGUGGCUUGUUAUGGCAGUGCUUUGCUGCAGUGAUUGAAGCAUCUGUGCGGUUGAAAGAAGUUCAAGAGGAGGAAGAAGAUGUUGAUGAAAAUGAAGAUGAGAAUACAAGUGAUGAUGAGAGUGAAGACACAGAUGAUGAGGAUUCGGAGGAUGAUGUACAUGAAGAAACGGAAGAAGAAUUUUUGGAGAGGUGUGCACAAGCAGCCGUUGAGUUGGAAAAUGGGACUGGUGUGGAAGAAGCAGCCGAGGAAGAUGAAGAGCAAGAAAUAGAAUUGGGAGAGUUGGAAGAAGUUGAUCCCCUAAGCAUUCUGCAGUCAUUGAUAGAAAAGAAUCACCAAAUACUUUUGCAAGGACCGGAGUUGCCACAAGAACUCGUUACGAGCUUUGUUAAUGCCUUCCCUGAAACCGCCAUCUUCUUUCACAGAUGAGUCUUCUUUUUGUACCAUUUUUGUACUUCAAUUAAGCUGAUUGCUGAUUGCUGAUUGCUGAUUGCUGAUUGCUGAUUGCUGAUUGCUGAUUGCUGAUGGCUGGUGAAGAAGAUGUUAUUCUUCAAGUGUAAUUGCUUCUUGAUUGUAUUUGUUUAAAUUGAUUAUUCUCUUUGGAUACGCUUGAAUUGAAUAAA